AACAAUUUAAGGCUGGGCAGGCGGCAAAAUUCGCUGGCGGCUUAGCAUUAAUAAUUCUGGGCUUAGGAGUCUCUAUUGUGUGCGGUUGAUUUAAAACUCUGGCGGCUUCUUUGAAUAAAUUGGCAGCCUGCCAGUCUCCAUAUUAAGCAUUUUUGUUGGCUGUCGAUCGAGAGUUUUGUCCAUUUUUUGGCGGCUCAAGCGUUGUACAUACAUAGAUGUCGGGAUGGGCCUUCAUAUUGUUUAUGUUCAUUGUCCAUUAGUGUCGACUCUGUAUUGACAAUCUGCGACAUGGAACUUUUCAUUUUGAGCAUUGCGGACGGUUUUCCAGCCGCCAUUUUGAAUGUGUAGCACAUCAAUCGAUCAAUCAAUUGUCUGUAAAAUAUUUUCAAUAUUAUCACUUAAUGUGCAUAUCGAUAAUUACGAUCAUGUGAAAACAACCCUACGAGGUAAAGUGGAAAAAUACCACAGUCAGGAGACGCUUAAGCUAGCGCAACGUUCAAAUUAUUAUACAUAUGUAUAUAUUAAAUAUUUUUGUGUCGAAUAUUAAUAAUUGUGAUUUAAUUGGCGAGGAAUAUGGACAAGUGGAGUGAUCAUGCAUGCGGUUUUGAGAUGGAAGUGGAUGAACUGGAUGAAGAGAUCGUUGUUCAGCACGAUGUAAAUGAUAAUAGCGCAAUUUCUUCAGAAAUUCGAAGCUUGAUUAAGCAAUUCGCAGAACUCAAAAUGCAUUUUGAUUGGGAUGCAUCAGAAAACGCACUUUACGCGAAUUUGCUGCAUGUGGAUAAUCCGAAAGCUGUUCUGCUCAUGGGUAUAAGAAAAUUAAAGCAACGUGUCCGUGAACUUAGUUUUAAUGUUAUAGGUUCGUCGAUGGCAAAUCAAUGCGAGAAAGUCCUGGAAGGGAAAAUGUUCCUAGCAAGCGGACAAGUUGAUCUACAGCUUGACCAAAAAGCCACAAUUCGCAUUCAAAUAGAUGGAAUUGAUUUGGACAUUUUACAGCAAUUUAGUGAUUUCUAUAACUUGCAGCAUGGUGAUGUUAAAAAAAGGGCUGCAAAAAGAGUUACAUUCAAUAAAUUCACUGAUGUCUCCGAUGAGUUCAAAUCGGCAAAUGCAGACAACGUACGCAGUAUGAAAUUUAAAGAUCUGCAGUUCAAAGAAGCAGCUAAGGAGAAAGCUCUCUGGUGUGAGUUAAAGAAAACAUAUCAGCCACAGUUUGAUGGACAGAAUCAAUAAAAUCACGAUGAUUUAGUUUAGAAACCUUAAAUUUUGCUCGAUUAUAAUAUGUGUUACCGAAAUUUCAAAUUUUAUAGUUUACUACACACAUGUG